GUGGCUUUCCAUAAAUUUUCUGAGAUGUCCACCUCGAACUCCAAGUUUGCUCCGUACCAAAAUGCCCUCAAAGCGCUAUCUGUUCGGACGGGCACGCCUUUGUCAUCUUUGAUUCUAUCUUUUGCUAUUAUACAUGAAGCAACGGCCAUAGUUCCUCUUGUAGGCUUUUUCUACGGUGCCCGCACACUUGGAGUUGGGGAACAACUAGUCGAUUCCUUGACCCACAAUACUUCCGCGGCAGACAGCGCUCAUCCUUCUGGAUGGAUAAGAUACCGAAUACAUGGUUGGCUUGAUGAAGGCGAGCAAUGGGCGGGCAGAGUUGGGAGAAGAUACGGUGUCUUUGGUUUCGAGAAGGGCCAGCCCGUUGGCGACGAACAGGGUUCUUCAGGUCAGCUAUCAGGGAGGUUGGCUGGCGACGUAGCCAAUGCCGUGCUUGCAUAUGGAAUCACCAAGGCUUUGAUCCCUCUACGCAUUGGGCUGUCCUUGUAUUUCUCUCCGGCAUUUUCUCGGCGCGCUGUUGAUCCAAUCCGUGCCAACAUUUCUCGACUCUUCAAAUCCAAGGUGUAACUAAGGCUGCUAUAAGACCUUGUCAUACCAUCGAAUAUCGUUGUUUUUUUUCAGGUCGAGACUGAAUGUGUGACCGCAACUUGCAUACAUAUGCGGACGUCGUAGUUAGGCUGGAAGGAAGCAAACUCAAAAUCUGUUGAUUUUUCAUGUGUAAAUGUGCUUGUACCACCUGUUCGGAUAUUAGUACGCUUGUUUUGCAUACUGUUGUUGCCUUAUAAGAUUUCGUCAAUAUAUUGAUGAUGGCUACUG